GUGCAUCCUUCAACACUUUUCCAUCAGGCGCACGUUUCACUCGCUUGCUGUUUCGUCUGCUGUCUGUCCGUUCAGAUCCAGCAUGUUGUGCAAUCGCGUUCCUUACUAGUAAAGUUGUGAUCUAUCCUCAUAUAGUGCUCCAAAAUGUUGAAAUUGUUCAGAUCGGUGAUUCGGCUGGAAUGGCGCCAAUCGGCACUGUACUCCACCUUCCGACCGGCGGAAUUCCACUUCGAAACAUCGGACGGCGAAAGCGGCACGCUGAUCCAUCGUUUCUCCCGACACAUUGCUCUGACGAAGCGGGACUUUACGGAUCCGACUCGGUUCAAUUUCAAGUACUCAUCGUUCUAUCCCGUUUACCGGCCCGAUCAGUUCCUCGAGCAGUUGUCGGCCAUUUCCAGCCAUGACAUGGGCAAGCUGAUCAGUAUGACGAGCGAUUUCCGCGGGAAGGCCGACGUCCGGAUGUACACCGACGUGGUAAAUGCGCUCGAUGAGGAGUGUGAGACGCGAGUGGACCGAGCGGAAUUCCGCGAGUUGGUGGGAAUGAUGCACGGAUUUAUGUACCUGUUGCCGAACAAGAUCACGAAGCUGAAGACCUACCGGAAAGCGAUGCCACGGUUGGUGGAAAUGCUGGGGCGGAACGUGAACCGAAAGGAUUUCAUGACGGUUUUGUUUUUUUUGGGGCUGUGGAAGAAGAACGCUGCUGGGAGCCGACUGAUGGAACAGUUUGUGGGUGAAUAUCUGGGAGAGUUUUUGAACGAUGAGAUGGAGCAAAUGGAUUUUGUCAUAUUGGCAAAUGCGUUGUAUAAGACCAGUGUGAGAAUCAAGGAUGAGCAGUUCCGGAAUCGCUUGGCGGAGGAAAUUGCCAAAUUUGAAGACACGGAUAUGGCUCUGUUCAUAACACUGGUUAAAUGUGCUCGCAUGAACCGGAUACACUCCGAUCGGAUAGUGGAUAAGCUGAGGAAUGUUCUGCAGAGUCAAUCGGAAGCGUUGGAUUUCAGAGGUCUGACGCAUCUGUUUGCAUAUGUAGCGGAUAAUCUGAUAAAGGACGACCAGUUGACAAAUCUUUUCCUGGAAGAAUGCAGAAAACACUUAGAGGCCGAAAUACUGACCCAACCGGAGGAAAAUGGCUUGCUGCCGCAAAACUUCCGAGCGAAAGAUCUCGCCACUUUCCUGUGGAGCUGUUCAACGCUAUCCAUCGCCCUGGAAGACCUCGAGCUGGACGCAAACGAACUAAAAGAGGUAAUCUUCCGCAAGGUGGAAAACGGUGAGUACCGCUACAUUCCGGACACUCUGGUGGACACGUGCCUCUCGCUGUGGAUGAUGUGCCACCCUUCGGUGGAUUUGAUGUCCACCAUCUUCGGUGAUCGCCAGAUGACGCAGAACUUCAUGAAGGAUCGGGCCAAGAUCGAAUCCCGGCGGGAUUUGCUGCUGGCGUGCGCCGAGAUUGAACGCCCAGAAGCGUUCAAAAUCAUCUCGAAGCUUCCGCGGGUCCGAGCCUUCCAACUGGAUCGACCGGCUCCGGAUUACCUGGUGAAGAGUCGGCGGCAGCUGCAGCGAGUUGUCAGUUGUUUGCAGAGUUUGAAGGACAAACUGCCGAUCAGCGAGAUCGAGCUGAAUUUGCCUAUUCGAGCUUUGAACAUCGCAGGGCUGCUAGUGAGGAUGGAAAACGACGAAGUGGUGAACUUGGACGUGCUGGAUCGAGCGUACUGUUUGACGGAUAAGCAGACUCCGUCGGGACUGAUGCUCCUGAAACAAAGGCUCCUGAACAAGGCUGGAGUUGAAACACAUCUGAUAAACUGUCUUCAGAUGGAAACUGACGACGAGAUGAUCCAAACCCUGGCCGCCAUCAUCCAAAGAUCCGUGAAAGCCCACGCUACCAGAGAAACUAGGAAAGCCGGGUAAAAGACACAUAUAUUAUCGUAUCGCAAUUGAAUCUACCACAAACUAUAAAAUCAGUUAAAAUUGAUUAAAAAAUAA